CUCUCCUUUUUUAAUUAUUUAAACUGGAUUUUCCUUUUUGCCUUUCUCUGCUUCCUUAUUGGUAGAGUUGUUAACCCAUCUCUUGUCUCUCUUUCUCUAGAGAGAGGAAAGAGAGAGAAUAUUGAAUGUGUGUGUGUGUGUCACAAAGCAAAUAAGCAUACCCCUCAACUCAGAAAGUAGUAGCAAAUGCCAAAUGGUAGUAGUGUAUAAUAGUAUCAGUGCAGUAAUUAUAAUAAUAGCAUUGUAUUUGUAGUAUAUAGAGAGAAAGUGAAAAAUAAAGAAAGAAAGCACCAUUCAAUUCAAUUACUCAAUACUCGGAAAGUUGCUGCAUAAAUAAAAAGGUCUCUCUCUCUCUCUCUCUCUCUCUGUUUCGACACGUCUGAUUUUGCUGUUAUUAGGGCUUUUUAUCAUUUUCCUUAACUUUGUAACCCCAUAAUUGACUCCUUUAAAACAUCAAGUUUUCUUCUUUUCUCUUCAACACCGAUUGUAAUUUUUGUGGGUUGUUCUCUAAUUUUCUAGGCUAUUCAUUUUUUAGCUAAAGUUUCGAUUUUUGAAGUGUUUUGCUCGUGGGUUCUGCUUCUUUCAUCUGGGGCAUCACCAAUUUCUCUUUUCAAGGGUUUUCAUCUAUGGUUGCUUGAUGUAGAGCUUUCUCUGGAUAUUGGCUAUUUCUUUUUGUUAUGAAAAUAGAAUCUAAACAAAUUUGAUAUUGGAGUUGGAUGAAUACACUGAAUCAGUGAAUUGGUGAAGACUUUUUACAAUUUAGUAUUACUUUUUUGUUUGGAAAUGGUGGUUGGUACUGUUUGUGGCUUAUAGUUAUCUGAGAAAAUCAUUAGAUACAAAUAGGAAAGAGAAAGAUGGAGGCAGAGUCAAACCCUGGAUUUCAUAAUCAAGAUAUAAAUUCCUCUUUUAGCAGACAUGCAAUAUCAUUUCAGCACGGUGGUAUGAAUUCUAGCAUGUCAGAGAUGGUUCCAAUGGGUAAUUAUUUUGGGUUAAGUAGUUCAUCUGGGAUGUCAUAUUCUGGGAAUUCAGCUUUCAUGAACAGCAACCCUGUUGCAAGUCAAGCUGGUGGUGGUAAUCCAUCUGCUUCUUCACUUCUUCUUGAUUCAGUCCCUGGGCUGAAGCAUGAUACAGGGUUGGCUGUUGAAUGGUCUCUUGAUGAACAGUAUAAAUUGGAGGAGGGUCUUGCCAAUUAUGCCAAUGAGCCAAGUAUCAUGAAGUACAUCAAAAUUGCUGCCGCGUUGCCUGACAAAACUGUUCGCGAUGUUGCUUUGAGGUGUAGGUGGUUGACAAGAAAGCGAAGGAAACCAGAGGAACAUAGUCUGGGAAAGAAGAUCAAUUACAGAAAAGAUAAGCCCGUGGAGUUAGCAUCACAGACAAAUUUGCAUUCGGCGCUUCCCCCAAGCAUGGGUUCAUAUUCUCAAAUGUCACGCCUUAAUGAACAAAGUCAACGGAUAUUAUAUGAUGGAAUUUGUGGGCCCAUGAAGCAACUCAUGGAGCAGAAUGCUCAAGCUUUUAAUCAAAUAACGGCCAAUUUAUCUACGUACAAGUUGCAGGAUAACAUCGACCUCUUUUGUCACACAAGGCACAAUAUUAAUACCAUUCUAAACGACAUGAGUGAGAUGCCUGGCAUAAUGAGCCAAAUGCCGCCACUGCCUGUAGCCAUUAAUGAGGAUCUUGCAAGAAGUAUUUUUCCUAAUAGAACUUAGAUAUAAAAGUUGAUUGGCUUAUGUAUUUACCAAUUCAAGCGUGUGAAAGUGCUGACUUCAUCAGCAUUGCCUUACACAAAUCAAAUUGCAUCCAUGGUUGUAGAGAUGUUGGCAUGCAACUGUUUUGGUGGUUCUACAUGCAAUUGAGGAAGUAACUCACAAAUACACAUCUCAGGAGGACUUUCCAGAGAUUCUUCUAAUCCAUCUUUUGAUCUUACUGUGUUCCAUGAUGGUUGAUUAUUUCCAUUUGAAACAAAACUUGGAACUCCUAUUGUUGUAUAAAUAAAUGAAUAAAAAUAGGAAAGCGAUUAAUAUAUCUGAAUGCAGCUUUAUAGAGAUAUCAGAAUAUUGGUGUUCUGUUUUACUACAAUGUCAUGUCAUAGGAACUGUUAUUAUUAGAUGUAUGUAUAUAUAUGUUGCUAGUUUGCCGUAUUACAUAUUUAACUGAUGACACCUGUUCUGUAAGAUGUGAAGGGAAAUCAUUAUUAUGUACAUAAUGUAACAGUAUUUCUUAUGAAUUCAAUUCCUCUCAACCAA